CCAAAACCCUCCCCCAAAAUGACAACCACCCACCUAGCCGCCAUCUCCCCCGGUCCAAACCAACCCCUCGAGCUUCACCCGCGACCGACCCCUCAACCCGGCCCCAACGAGCUCCUCAUCGCCGUCAAAUCCAUCGCCCUGAACCCAGCCGACCACAUCAUGCAGGACACCGGCCUCUUUGUGCCGGCCUCCAGCUACCCGACAGUCCUAGGCUUCGACCUCGCCGGCCUCGUCCUCGCAGCCGGCGCCGACGUCCCAUCCCCCGAAUUCCGCCCCGGAACCCGCAUCGCCGCCUACAGCGCCCUAGUCUGGAAAGCCAGCCACCCGGACUACGGCGCGUUCCAGGAGCGGUGCCUCGUGCCGUGGCAGCACGCGGUCGUCCUGCCCGACCCCAACAACCACGAAGCGGCAGGGAACUUGACCUGGAACGAAGCCGCCACCCUCCCCGUCGCCGUGCAAGUCCCGCUGAGCGCGUGGGAUGCGAUGGGCAUUCCCUGCACCGCAGCACCUACACACUCCACCUCCCAAAAAGAAAAGAAUCAAGCCCUCCUCAUCUGGGGCGCCGCCUCCAGCGUCGGCACCAUGGGCGUGCAGACCGCGCGCCUCCUCCGCACCUCCCCAACCACCCCCUUCGCCGCCGUCUACGCCACCGCCGGCACACCCCGGUCCCGCGCGUACGUCGCCGCGCUCGGGGCGGACCGCGUCUUCGACUACGGGGAUCCCCUCGUCGUUCCCAAGAUCAUCGCCGCCGCCCGGGAGGAGGGGCUGGUGAUUCGCUAUUGUUUCCUGGCGGUGGGCGAGUGGGCGUCGUGUCAGGCGGUGGUGGGGGCGUUUGUGGCCGACGCGAACCAGGAAAACGGGAUGGUCGCGUCGGCGCCGCCGGUGCCUGUCCAGGCGGAGGGGGUGGUGGAUGGGGUGGAGACGGUGUUUGUGAGGCCUGCGGCCGGGGAGGCGGAGAGACUGGCCCAGUUUCGGGGUUGGUUGGGACUGUGGUUGCGGGAGAAUUUGGGGAGAGGGAGGAUUCGGCCCAGUCCGGAGGUGAGGGUUGUGGGGAGGGGAUUGGGGUUGGGGGCUGUGAAUGCGGGCUUGGAUGAGCUGCGGCGCGGCGUGAGUUGUGUGAAGUUGGUGGUGGAGGUUGCGGCGUGAUUGAUCGUGUGUUUGAUGGGGUUCGGGGGUGAGGAGGCUGGAUGAUGGUCUAUCUUGUUGUACUUUGUUUGUUUCAGCGUGCGAGAUCAAUCAUAUCUUUAGAAUGGUCAGUUUCCGUCGUAGAUGUUAAUAUCCUUUGAACAGUCAGUUUCCGUUGAUGUGAAGCUUGGUAGAGUUCCCAUAGAGCGUGUAUGCAAU